AUGAAGGGUAGAAUUGUAGAAGCUCGAGCGGCUAUUGAAGGUGAUGGUAUAACAGGAACAAUCACCUUGAAGCAAGAAGGAGAAAUUUCAUCAACAUCAAUAAGAGGACAAAUUAAUGGACUAAAUUCGGGUGAAAAUGGAUUACGAAUAUAUAAUAUGAGUCGAUGCACUUCCAUUGGUCCAAAAUUUAAUCCAAAUGAUCAACUUUUACACAAUCUCGGUAAUUUGGUCGUCAAUAGUACUGGUAUUGCAACAAUUAAUAUAAUUACUCCACUUCAAGGACCAAGGUCAGUGAUUGGCUGCAUCAUAGUUAUUCUCUCGACGAUCGAGGAUUUUCGUCAAAAUUUUACACAAAUGGUAGUUACUACUCAUAGUGAACAGCAUCAAGAACAACAGCAACAGCAACAGCAACAACAGCAAACACGAAAGCCUAAAGCUGGUUGUGGUAUUAUUGAAAUGAUUCGGUCUGCCUAA